CAUCGACUUCCGUACCAACAUUUACUUCAUGUCGUGAAGUCUCAGCAAACAGAAUGUGUUUUACCAUCAACACACACGAGUUGUAAGCGACAACAAAUGGAGCAGCACUUAGGUUAGCUUCAUAACCUGUGGAGUUUACGUUUUAGACGCUCAGACGAAGAAAGUUGUCGGCGGUAGGUGUGUAAGUGUCCAGUGUGAGUUUUGAAGAUGCUGAGCUGUAGUUCCUCGCGGCCCUUCGCAUCCUCAGCUGAUUCCAGAAGAAAUGUCUGCGUUUAUGACUGCCGCCCUGGAAAUAAGACAGCGACGAAGAAGUGGAUGGAGACCGCUGGAGUGGACUAUAAAGGCUUUCUUCACGUCCUGACCAAGACGUUUCCUGAUUGUUCAAAUAAAUCCUUUGUUUUGGCCACAACUGACAGGACCAUCCUGGAUUCGGACAAAUUUAUGGAGCUUGAGGAUGGCAGCACUCUCUACAUGUUACAACAGGGAAACCAAGCCCUACCAGUGGUGACAGAGGAACAAAUUCAGUUUGUCCCUCAUUAUGACACUCUGAUCUGUGGUGGCAUGUAUGAGUACUAUGCUAGUGAAGGACAGACUGCCCUAUCUUACACUCUUGCUGAGCUGAUUGAUAAUGCUCUAUCAGCCACUGCAAAGAACACAGGGAAGAGGAUUAUAGAGAUACGGAUGCUGUUUGAUGAAAGCCAGGGGAAACCUGCAAUCAUAGUGUUAGAUAAUGGAUGUGGGAUGACCUCUAAGAAGCUCAAUAAGUGGGCGGUUUACAGACUAUCUAAAUUUAACGCUGAGGGGAGCAGCAACGGUGAAAGUAGUAAUGAGGAAAGGUAUGUCCGUCCUGAUCCCGUCCCACGCAGUCUAAACAGUGACAUAUCCUACUUUGGAGUUGGAGGAAAACAAGCUGUUUUCUACAUUGGAGAGUCGGCCAGGAUGAUCAGCAAAUCAGUCACUUCCCCAGAUGUUCAUGAGCUGGUUCUGUCAAAAGAGGACUUUGAGAGGAAAGUGAAGAACAAGGAGGAUGUUUACAGUGGGACUAUCAUCAACAGAAAGCCUGGGGAUUUUUCACGCGUUCCUAAAGAGGAGGAACACUUUCUCCGUAGCCUCAUUGCUGAGGAAACAGGGAAAGAAAGCUUCACAGCAGUGGUCAUCACUGAAGUCAAACCAGAACACAUCACCCUUCUGAAACAAGACUUUCAAGUGUGGACCAGACAGCUGGCUCACACAUAUCACUAUUACAUUCAUGGAGUCAAUGGAAAUGACCUGAGAAGUAGCUCUACCAAAUCACACGAUCCUAAAAUCGACAUCGAGAUCACUUUGCAGGAAAAGAUUACCAAAUGUCCUCGUGUGCUCAAUCUCAGAGAAGUUGAUAACGAUAUGCAGACGCUGUACAUAAACGCCGCUGCAGAUACAUUUGAAUUCAAAGCUUUGACCCAACCAGACGGAGGCAUCGUGGAGGGAGUCCUCCGGUAUCAUCCAUACCUCUAUGACAGGGAGACGUACCCUGAGGACCCUGAUGCUCCUUACGCUCCUAUUGAAGAUGAUGAUGUUGAUGAAGAGACUGGACUCUUACAGCCGAUUAAAAAGAAGCCCAUAUUUGAAUGUUUCUGGAACGGACGGCUCAUCCCAUACACCACAGUGGCAGAGUUGGACUGGUGUGCCCGACCCAGUAAAGGGGCGAAGGUGCCUGUGGAGUGCUACAAUAGGAUUUCAGGGGUCCUUUUCACUGAUGACAGGUUUCAGGUCACCACAAACAAGCUCACAUUCAUGGAACUGGAGCUGAAGUUGAGGAACAAGGAAACAAUCUUCUCCUGCAGUGUUAAUGGACAGAGAGGUCAAAGAGGGAACAUUCAGAGGGACUUUACACAGUGGUUACAAAACUGCCACGAAAAGUGGGACAAGCAAGUGAAGUUUCUGAACUACAAAGAAACCAUCACGAGAACAGACGUACCCACAAAGAAAAUGCAGCACCCAUGGGCGAUCUUCAGCUCUAUUGAAUGGGACAGUAGAGAAUACCGCAUCGGCCAAUUUGUGAAAUCUCAGAAAACCCAGCCCAUUAUUUAUGGUACCGUGGUUAGAUUUUUACUGCAUGGAAAUUAUGAUGGAGACGUGUUUGCCACCGGAGGACUGGUUGAAGUGUGUCUGGAACCCAAAGCACUGUACAACAAGACAAAAAUCAUGCCCAUAUCCAAGCUGGACAAGAACGCCACCCACAAAGCCAUCAAAGCAAACAUCGAGAGCGACCUGGCCAAACUUCCACAGAAGCUGAAAGUGGACUGGCCGGAGGGUAAACCCUGGCCGCAAAACGCCACACGUCCAGCCGGAACGCAAUUUGGACCACUGCAAGUCGAAAUUUUAAACGGCAAUCAAGAGUCGUUAUCCCGGAUGCCAUUGGUGGGAACUGUGAUUAAACUGAUUGUUGAGCUCAAAGUUGUGCGACACCGUCCUGAUGGAGAUGAAGAGGUUGCCUCAUGUGUUGCUCAAUAUGCAGCAAGCUGGAGAUACUGGUUCAAAAAGAUUGCAAACCUGGUCAAGCUUGGGAAGUACACACUGCGUCUGAACACCAUGAUAAGUGAGACGAACGAGACGGUCUUUGGAGACAGACAGCUGCCGUUCUUCACCCUGAGGUUCACCAUUAAAGAGGGGAGUGCAGAAAAGUUUGAUUUAGGCACAGUGAGUUCUACCCUUCAUGUCGGCGUGCCUUUUGAUAUUCCACUGAAGAUAAAGGAUGCUUAUGGCCACUCCACUGCACCUCCUCCUGAUGUCAAACCUGUCCUCAAGUGCAGUGGCCUGGAGCUCACUUAUGAAAAAGUGCAGAGCAGUAAGGACGUUUUUAUCAUCCAAAAUGUCAAAGCCAGAGGAAAAGUUCAGAAUUAUCAACAAUCCAAGACCUACGACCUGAAAGUGAUUCUACCGGGCCUUAAAGAAGACACAAAAAGUUUCCAGAUCAAUCUCCUACCUGGUAACCCCCAUUCCAUCCAUGUGACACCAGAAGACGCACCGAUCACAGUAGAGAACGGAAACACGGUCCAGUUUGAUGUUGCGAUUCAUGACGAGGCUGGAAACAUCACAGCUCACCACAAACUGAUCGCUCGCUGCCAGAUUCCAGGGUUGCAGACCAUAUACAUUGACUGCAGCAGGACAGGAGUCGGACAACAUGUAACAAAGCCCAUUAAAGUAAAAAUAGUCGGAGGAGAACCCCAGACACUCAAAGUUCAGUUCGAUGUACCAAAUCACCUGAGCAUAGCGUCGGUCACCAGGGAGCUGAGGGUGGAACCCAGCUCCAGAGUCUGUCGAAUGGAAGUCUGCUGUCACAACUGUCACAACAAUGACAUUCUGGUGUUGAAAAACAACGAGAGGAUUGAGUGGCAGGCUGGUGGCACCCUGGAGAACCUGUUCUAUAGGUUAUACGAUGAGGGGAACAGAAAGGUAGACAUCACUCCGGCUAUAGCCUCCAAGAUCAAGGUUAACUGGACAAGUGAUGGAAAUGUGAAGGAUCUGUCAGAGGGGGAACUGCCUGACGUCCACGUACCAACACAGGUGCAAGAAGAGCGAUUCUACCAGGUGUCCUACCAAGACCAGAGCAUCUCUGUGUCCUUUAGCAUAGUGCCUCAUCCAAAUGAACCAUCUCGGCUAAAAGCAACACUGUCCCAGAACACCGCCAGACUUGGGGAGCCCAUGUCUGGAAACAUCAUCUUGGAUCUUGUGGACCAGUAUGAGAACGUAACCAAGACGUUAACCUCCACCUGUGUGAACUGUAUCACAGUGGAAGCUGAGGGUCUCAACAAAUCAGCUCUGGUCUUAACGUGGCAGGAGAGCAGCUGUUCUGUGCUGGUCACAGGGGUCUGCUUCCAGUCUGGGACCCUCGGCCCCAGGGAGAUGAGCUUCACUUUCAGGAGCUACGUGGACCAGGUCAUGGUCAAAGUGACCGCUGGAGUUCCUGCACAGCUUAAACUAGUCAGUGGGCCCACACAGCCUUUGCAGGUGUUGAACAACCACAGCAUCCCCACACCGUUCCUCGUCCAACUAUGCGACAAGUGGGGAAAUCCCUCUAGAGACCAGAGGGUGGUGGUCCAUCUGAAGUCUUCACAACAGGCACUGAAGGUGGCAGCAAAUGUUACAUCCCAACCUAUGAAUGCAGAGGGGAAAGCGUCCUUCAUUGUCACCAGUGUCUGUGGACCAAAGGGGUACUAUCAGCUGGCCUUUGAAGGCUCCUUGAACAGCAAACCCCUUCAUGGUCCAUUAGUGAACCUCACCGUCAUGCCCGAUCCCAACAAACCUGUCAGCCUGUCAGUGACGUAUGACACCAAUGCAGUGCUUCCUGCAGGGGGCGUCUUUCCAGUGUUUUCAGUCACCGUUGUGUCUGAAGAAGGAAGCCCAGUCACAGUUUUUAAUAAAGCUGCUGCUGAUAUGCGGCUGUGGAAGGGGGUCCAUUCAAGAAGACCACGUGAAGAGGGGAAACUCAUGAAAUGUAAUGAACCCAUGGAGAAUGAAGAGAAACACUGCAUUCACUUCAGAAACAAAGACAUUCCGGAGCAGUUGGGAAAGCACACCAUCCAGUUUUCACUUAUAGACCGAGAGAAAGAACUGCAGAGCAAUCUGAUUAUUAUCGAUGUGGUGGCAAAUGACCCUGUCCAGCUGCGACCUGACGUUCAGCCGGCGACACCAGUGGUUUCUUACAGCACAGAAGUAGCCAACCGAACCCUGGUGGACGGUUUGACUCUGACUAUAGUGGACCAGUAUGGUAACCCAGCGGGGCAGAACCUGAAUGGGAAAGUGCUGGUUUCUAUAGAGAGCUCUAAUGGAGGGUACAACUCCAGCCUCCCUUUGUUUGAAGGACGAACCCGCAGCCGACAGUUUGUGUUGUUAGAUGGAAAAGCCCACAUCUCUAAGCUAACCAUCAUGGAGAACAGCCCCGGAGAGAACGGCAGCAUAUACAUCCUCCACUUUGAGCCUGUUCUUCAAAUGGCUUCCAUGAGUCUGGCUUCUUUUGAGCUUCCCUUCCACUUUUACAACGAUUCCAAGAACCAGCAGAGGAUGUCUGAGCUGUCCAAGAAGAAGGAUGAGCUCAAACAUAUUAUUAAUGUUCAUCAAGAUUUUUUCAACUCACGUAAUGAAUAUAAGGAUUUACUGACCACUAAAUACAACAGUGCAUGUACUACAGAGGCCACCCAGAGAGAAGAGCUGAACAGGAUGAACCUGAACAUACCACAAACUGUAUCUACCCAAGCCAUUGACGGACUGAUAACGGAGAAGAGAAACGAAGCUGAGAGGAUAAGUCGUUUACCCAGAAGACAAUGCUCCAUCCGUGAUCCGUUCCAAGGGCAGCAGGACGUUUUAGGGAAGGUUGGACAUCUGGCCUUGGUGGUGGAGGAUGAUGCUGCCUGGGUCAUCUCCUGGCACAUCAGCCGUUCCAUGGAUUGUGUCAUUACGAUGACAACGGCGGCAGCACAAAUGAUCUACAGGAACACGGGGGGCAGGCAGCAGGUCAUGGCUCUAGACAGUGUUUACGUUUCAGGAGGCAGAAGACCACUACCACACAUAAGGAACGGCCGGGCUCUGUUUGAUCCCCCUGGGAACCCAGUGUUUGCAAGAGAUCGCCUCAUUUUCCCCAACCACCAGGAGAGCUGUGACAUCGUGUUUAGAAAUCUCCUUGGAGACACUAUUUUGAUGGAUGACCUGGACUCUGCAAACCACUACAGACGGACACUGGUGCAGAACCACACGUCGUGUCCCACCAUCCUAACCAGGCAGGGGGACCGGAUAGGUGCCAACGCCAUUUGGGGGGGUUCGCAGAAUAGAGCCCCCUCACCUCAGGGGUUAAACAUGUUCGCAGCCCCCAUACCCCAGCAGUACUUCAGCCUUCAAGAACAGAUAGGACUGCUCAUGCGCUACAGGUCAGCACUGCAGAACCGAGAAAGCACAAAACUCAAAUGCGAACAGGUUUUAGCAGAAGAGGACACUCUAAUUGUGAAGAAACGAGAAAUGGAGGAGAAAAUGGCUGAGCUGAAGGAAGUGGAGGAACAACUUGCCUCAACCUCAGUCAGAGCUUUAAAGAGGGUUUCCAUGGACGCUGCUGGACCAUCAGGCCUUUCCAAACGACCGAGGAGCACAUCAAAAUGACAGAUGGAUUCGAUUUGAUUUAGUCAUUUAUUCCGAACAUGCAAAGAAAUUUAACAUAUAUGCACUAGCAAACCAUACAUAAUACUGUAAUACAAAUGUUAUGAUGAAAAACAACAAGCUGACCUUGUGAAUGUUUUUAUUUUAAGGGUUGUGUAUUUCAUUUUUGCAUUACGUUUUAUUUGUAUUUGAUGUUUUUUUUUAUUCGCUGUUUUUACAUAAUUCAAAAUAUGUUUAUGAUGUGUACUAUUACACCUCAGAAUUAUUUUCUAUAAAAGUGUGUCUUGUUGUACAGCU